ACGUGUGCCCCUCGGGAUCAAAACUAUCACCUACAUCCUCUCCCUUCUCGUCGAUCCAGCCAACCAUCUGCAGCGCAUUCAACCAGUCUCUCUCUGCUCCACAGUAAUCAGCACAAUGGCAGGCCCAGGAUUCCACCCCCAUCCUCCUUCCCUUCUCCACCGCGGUCUCGCCAAGGCUCUCGGUGCCAGCAUGUGGUUCUUCAUCUUCUAUCGUGCUAGACAAGACGGUCCCGCCCUCAUCGGUCUCAGACAUCCUUGGGACGGACACGGACACGGACACGGUGACGAGGGUCACCACUAGGUGUGCAUACGUAUGGGAUGUAUAGGGAUAUGAUAAUGCCUGAGACGCGGGAAAAUUACUGAAAAUCAAGCCGGGGGUGAAACAGCAUUUCUAUGGCCCACAAAAUUGUUUGACGUCGGGCAAUACAUCUGAAUCUAUGGCAGUAACUACCCUUUGACAUACCAUCACUCAUCCAUCGAAUGCGUCUUCUUGGCCUCAAAAUGUAAUGACCAAGUACUUAACAAUUUUCGUCGAUUCACCUCUUCUCCAGUCAUCCUAUGAAACCAUGUCAGCUCAAACGUCACAUCAUCAUGCAACAACCGGCUAUUGAACUUACGAUUGGCCAUACGUCAAUGGACUCAAGAAGAGAUACACUCCGAUCACAACGACAAGCAGACCAGCAAUCACCAUUUUGGCUGAUUUGUUCAGUUUGGCACGCACUGCUGGCCGCAGUCUUGUGGUCGGACCGGCAAUACUGAUGGGAUAGUUGACAGCCUCAAUGAGGAUAAAGUUCAUCACCGAGCCGGCAACGAGGACGGAAGCAAGAUGAGCGGGAAGGUAGUGGUGCAAGAAACGUUGUCGAUUCAUGAGAUAGAACGGAAAGUAGUGGAACGCCCAGGCCCCGAGGAAGAAUCCAGUAUUGCGAUACAAACGGUUUCGUACACCUGCACAAGAGUUGAUGUAUUCCUCGCCUCCUCGCAAGCAUAUCCGCCGCGACAACUCCGACGUAGACGGACACAGAGACAGCACAGAUCCACCAAGCAAGGAGGUUUCCGAUCAUAUAGAUUUGUUGCUGACCCUCAUUACGUGUCCAGAAACUGAUACCACUCAAGCAGAACGGCCAUUCGAUGGGUGUAGACUGGUAAGGAUGAGUGGAAGUAAGACCCGCAUUGUGCUGAAGCAUAAGAACUUGGAGCUCAAACCACUUUUUGAUGAAUGCACGCUUCUUGACGGCUUUGGGCUCGACAUGAACCGUACGGUUCUUGAAGUCGAAACCCUGCCCAUCCUCCACGAUGUCAUUAACAAACCAGAGAGUCGAUCUUUCGGCGGCAUUCUUGUUGCCGUUCACCUCCUGCUGACCGAAUGCCCACUCAGGAAGCGCUUUAGGGUGUGUCCAAAGAGCGACCUUUGUAGGUACGUGGAUAAGUCUAAAGUGCCCAGACAAGGUCUUCCACGCUUCACCAUCAUGAGCGUCGUCGAGCACCAUUUUGAACAAGGUAUCGUUUCUUUUGUCUUCCUUGUCGGGAGAAACAGUCGUGAACUCUUGGUUGGUCGGCAUAAGAGUUGAAUGACAUCGUUGUGUCGCACGAUCCUGCCACGACCAGACUCGGGGAUUUCCUUGGUAGGGAUGACUUGCCAGUGGUUGUUGGUGUCGUUGUGGGGAUAGCAAGUGACUUGCUGGCCUUGGGAACUGAUACGGCCGUCAUCAUACCUCAAAGGGUAUCGUUCUUCGUGAGAGUGGAGGUAUUGCUUCGUGUCCUUGUGGCGUAAAGAGAUAGUAUCGUAGUAUCGGAUUUCUUUAUAAUGUCAAGACCAUCAGGAAGCGCUUGGAACUUGCUAGCAAGAAUACUCACCUUGAGCGUUCAACAGCAACUCAUUCCCUUCCAGAGUUUCCUGGAAAGCAGGGCUCAUAAAACUGUCACCAGGACCGGAAAACUUGAGAAUCUUGAAGUGCACCCAGAAGAAAGACAGGUAAACGAAGAAUGGUACGAUUACCAGUCCGAUGGCACGGUAACAGAAAUGCCUGGUCCAGUAGGACUAGGGGAUCAUAAGCUACUGCGACUAUCGCUAAUCGAGAUAUAUUCCACAUACCAUAGAAUGCCCCUUUUUGAUGUCCAAAAUCUCCCACAAGUCCCAAAUAACAGCAGCGCCGACUGUCGCAAAGGUGAACAAGCCCACCAUCUUACAUCCCAAAGUACAAGCCAGCCAAAAUCCAGUGGCAAGCAACCAUCCCCACCAAGCCCGGGAAAAUUCUUGAUAUCUGUAUUGGUGGAAUUUCACGUAGCAAAAAAGGGAAAGGGCCAUGAAGAGGACGAGAUGGGCGUCAAGGAGAAUGAGUCGGGUCUGGGUAAUGUGGCCGUUGUCAAAUAGGAUCAGAGCCGCAGAAAAAGCAGCAAUGCCGACGGGAUAGCCAGAUUCUCGCAUGAUGGCGUAAACAACGGGGAUCGUGAGAGUGCCGAGGAUCGCACAGAAGCUUCUCAUCCCAACGUAGGGAACCUGCCUUUUUGUUAAACGCUCUUCCUGGAGGUUCUUUAUGGGAAAGUUGAAUUUACGUACACUAGCCUCUGUAUAGCUAUCGCCAAUUUGAUCAAACCCAAAGUUCCCAUCAAACCCAACAAACCAAGCCGCCAAACCAUUCAACAUCUUUGCCAGAGGUGGAUGAACAUCGAAAUAAUACUCCCUCUUGAUGUAUUGAGCUGCAAAGGACCCAAAGUGGACUUCAUCAAAGACGACUUGGUCCGGAUGGGCAAUGCGCCAGAAUCGGACGAUACAGGCGACGACGGUCAAUGCGGUUGCUGUUGACCAAGAUAUGAUGUACUCAUGACGGAGAUAUGG